AUGGAGGAUUUUCCCAAUGCAUCGGCUUACUGUCAAAGACUCAAGGGUCUUUCCGAUCAAUUGCGGAAUGUUAGAGCUCCGGUGGACAAUAAUCAACUCGUUCUACAGUUGGUUUCGGGCCUCACCAAACCGUAUAAUGGAGUUGCUACCCUUAUACGACAAAGCUCUCCUCUCCCUCAAUUUUACCAAGCUCGUUCGAUGCUUACCUUGGAGGAGGCGGGCUUGGAAAAACGAGCAGCAACGGCUUCGGGUUCUGCUUCUGCUUUGUUGGCGACCUCUCAUGAUGGUGAUUCGAGUUUGGAUGGCUCGGGAAAUGCUCGCGGGAAGAGUAAACAUCAGAAGAAAAAUUUUGGCCGAAAAGGGCAGAACGGUGGUGGCCGUGGUUCUGCCGCAGGUGGUAGUCCGGGUUCAGGCGCCGGCGGGUCAGGUUCUGGUGCUGGCCGUGGUGGCGUCGGGCAGCAGCAGCAAUGGGGUAUGGCUCCCAAUUGGUAA